UAUAGUUUAUCUCCAUCAAGUGUGCUUUAUGAACGUGCAUUAUUAUCUAUCAUUCUUGUUUAAACGAUUUAUCUAUAAAUUAAAUCCAAUCCAACACAAUACUUUAGAUGUUUCGAGAAGCUUCACAAGCGUUUUGAAAAUCUUUGAUUGAUACUUGAACUUUUCAAUUUCUGUUCUAAAUUUAAAUUGUGACGUGCUGCGUUGGUUUUAUCAAUUAUCAUGUUCGUAGGUAAUUAAUUAUUAGAAUGUGCGAUGGAUUUACUUUUUAUACAUUUUCACUAUAAAUACCGGUGUACUUUGUAAUUUUCUUUCAUUUCUUUUUUAUUAAUCAACUUUUUUUUGAGCUUUCACACUGCUGCGGUUUUUCGCAAAGUCCCUAUAGGUACAUCUCGUAGCAUAUGGCGUUAAACAAUUAAAAAUCAAAGCAUUGAGGCCGGUUUAAGGAACGAAAAAAAUGAAAGCUCUAACAUGCGAGUUCCACAGGGGUUCAAACGUGUCAAAAUUUUGGCUUAUGGCAAAUUUCUCCAGUAAAAAGGAUGAAAUAAUGUGCAUAAAACAGGAAAAAAUAGUAAUUCAUAGGAUAUAUCAAGCGUCAAAAAGUCGUAGGGUUCGCCUAUGAGAUAUUUUUGAUCUCCAAACACUCGAAAAAUUGUCCAUAAAUAGUCGAAAACGAGUCUGCGCACCCAUAAGGGUAUUUUUUGUGCCCAAAUUUUUCAAAAAGUUUUCCAAAAAAGAUCGGAAAAUGCAGUUGGGCUGCAACAAUUUUCGAAAUCGUUGAAAUUUUCAUGAAGGAACAAACUUGAAAAUUAUAGAUUUGUUUUUCAUUGCAUUAUGAAUGCCAGAGAUUUCAUGAAUGACUUCAAUUUUGCUCAUAUUGAAAUAGAUCUCAUUGUGACUUGUGAGUUGUAAGUUUGGCUAUAAGAAUGGCAACACUUCCCGAGGAUAUUUUACAAGUGAUUCCAGAUCAUGAAAUUGAAAAAGUUUACGAAACAUUUAUGCAAGAAUGGCCAAAAUCUGCUUAUCACUAUGGAUUUUUAAAAACCUGCUACGACUGGUGUAAAAAGAAUCCUACAUUUGAUGCGUCAUUCUUUCAUUGCGAAAGUAAUAAAGAAAGUGGAAUUUUCAUUGGAAUACUAAAUUCAGGUCAUAGAACCUUUGGAGUGAUACCUUAUGCUAAAGAAGGUUACGAACUUCAAUUGAAAAAGGUUCUUAUGGAAACCAAAAGAAUUGACUGGAAUAAAUUACCCUUAUUGCAAGGAGUUCUACCAAGACAUUAUGAAUUGAUGGAAGAUGUUGUCAAAGAAAAGGGUUUUACAACUUCGAUGUAUUGUGACUCGACGAUACAACUUUUGGAUCCUAAACUGGCUGCUGACUACGAUAUUAGCUGUCCAGACAACGUGUACGUGAAAAAAUUAACCACCGAAGACAACGUAGACUUGAUUUACGAACGUUGGACGAAUAAAGUAAUCCAUACGAAAGAAGAUAUCAUAAAUAUAAUCGAGCUAAGUUUCGCGUACGGAAUUUUCUCAAAAUCAGAUAACGAAUUACUAGCUUGGGUAAUGUUAUCCCAUUAUGGAGCCAUAGGAACUCUGUACACCAUGGAGCACGCUAGGAAGUGUGGAUAUGCUAAGAUUUUGAUAAAAAUCAUAUCCAAAGAAUUGGUCCAAGAAAUGAUUCCUAUUUACACAGCAAUUGUAGUUAAAAAUAUUACUUCGAUUUCAUUAUUUCAAUCGAUCGGGUUCAAACAAGUUGGAAAUUUCAGAUACGUAAACGUUGUUCGAAAUUGAGUGAUAAUUUUCAACAUUUUACGUUGUAUCAUUGAUUUUUCGAAAUGUAAAAAAUCAAUGGUCGUAUUAAUUCGAAUUCAUUCACGUUUUGUAUUUCAAUUUUUUGAAAAUAAAAAGGUACAAAAAGACAAAAGUACUAGGAGAGGAGAAUAAAAGGUCGAUGAUUCCACUUCCACUUGAUUUUUAGUUUUUUUUAAUAUUGGAAAAUGAGGAAAAUCAAAUGAAAAUAGAGUGAGAGUGAGUAACAGUGACAAAUAAAAUUAAAAACAAUUUAAAAAUUAAUAUAAAAAUGGAUGUUUGCAAUAAUUAAGUAUUUGCAAAAAGCAAAAAUUAAAAAUAAACUACCAACAUAUCAUUUUCAAAUUCAAUCAACUUCAACGUUCCACGUUUCCUUUUCCAGUUUUCUUUUAAUUUCCUCCUUCAACAAAUAAUUAUUAUCAAUUAUCAUUUAUCAUGUAAAUGAGAAUAUUUAUCCUAAAACUAAAGUAAAAAGUAAAUUCUUUUUUAAAUUGAAAAAAUGAAAAAAUAUACUAUGUUAUUAUUUUAUUUUAUAUUUUAUUUUAUAAAACUUCAAAACUUGAAUCAAAAUAAAUAAAAUAAAAAAUAAACAUCCAAAAACAAGAUAAAAUAAAACUCAAGUAGAGCAAUAUCCAAACAAAAAAAUCUCUAGUUCGAGCAAAGAGAAUUUUUGUAAUAUUGUUUACAUCGAUGCAACCCUGACAGCAUAAUCAUCUCAAAGAUGAAGAUCGAAUUUAUUUCUAGUUUUCCUGGAUCAUUUUAUUCGAGAUCGAGAUCGACGAUCGUGAUCGUGAAACCAGUUUUAGAAUUAAUCAGUUCGUACAGUUUGCUCUUGUAUUCGGAAAUUUCGGUAUUAACUCUAUAAUUCAAUGUGAUUUUCAUCGAUAACUAUUGUUUUAAAUACAGUUUUCGUUCGAAUUGUG